AUGACCAUGUACGCAAACUUUGCCCGGUCCGGCGAUCCUUCAGUCACCGGUGUCACGUGGGAGAAAUACAACUCGAGUCACAGAGCUUACCUUAAAGUGGACACAAGUCCCAAACUGAAGGCGUCAUUUAAUUCUCGCCGAAUGUCUUUUUGGAAUAAUUACUAUCCUAAAUUGGAGCAGGUGAAGUUUGAUGUCAAUAAAGAGGUGGUCAGCGGUGCAAAGGAUGUUGUUACCAUGGGAACUGCUCUUCAAGUUGUAUUUGCUUUAAUAGUAUACUUGAUUUAAUAAGACCUUAUUUUGUUUUUUACUCAUUGAUUCAAGUUUAUUAGAAGUGGAUAAUACUAACAUUUUCUUUCAUGUUUAUGAGCGGAAAGUAGAGCAUGAUGUAUGUAGCCGAAUCAACUAACAAAGAUCAGUACAGAAAAAAGGGCGAUUUCAGUUUUAGCUAAAAAGUUCAUAACUGUUAUUGAAUGAAGCUGAGAAUGAUACGAGGAAUUAUGCAGAUAGAGGAUUAAAUAAUUAUAGUGGUCAUUGAAUUAAUAGGGUACAGACUUAAAAUGAGUGUUGCUCCUGCAAUUCAGAUAACCAUACAUCGGUAGAGGAUGUCUAAGGUUCGUACAAUUCUACAAUUGUUUUGGGCUCCAUUAAAUCCUAAUUUUACAUCUUUAAGUUCUGGCAGUCUUCCUUGUAUUUGACCGAGCAUUUAAUUUACUAUUGCGAUUUUAGCUGAUCGCACUGCUCUGAAUAAAGUACGGUCAAACCUCUCUACAAAGGUCAUGCGUUUACAUCGUCCACGUUUUCUGUUCAUAUAUAGACUCGAGUAUUCCCUCGUUUUCCUUAGAGACAGCAAAACGAGAGAAAAGACCAUUUGAGAAAACAUCAUUCGCGAUUCUUAUUGGACGUAUCAUUUUUUUCUCGUGUGAAAACCAUCGUUCGCUCCUUUGAUUGGGUUGAACUAAUUUGCGUAUGAAAAUUUACGACAUAGCUUUUUGGUUAGUAUUUCUCAGUAUGUAUAUCCAGCCGGAUUUAUGAAAACCGCACUGGCUGGCUCCUCGAGGGCAAACACCUUAAACCGACUCAACUAAAGUAAAUAUUCGCAAGAAACUCAGCUCUUACCCAUGGUUCUCUUAAGGUGACUCUCUUCUUGGUUCCUGAUUAGCGAAGAAACAUUCAAAGUCCAUCAAAUAGACACUCUGGACUUGGCCAUACACUCUAGCUGCUUGAAGGCUCUAAAUGACAGAGGAUGCUUGAGACUUAAGCAAGUUCUAGGCAGAGAAUUCAAGGCCACAUCACUCCCGCUGACUUUCUCCCCCACCCCAGCCUAGCAGGUACUUGAGGGGAAUGCUUUCAUUGGCCUAUGGGCCUCAAACAUUACAAGAGCUUAAGGUGACUCGACCCAGUUUUUUUUAGGGGGGACCAUCCUACUUUGAAGCUCUCUGGUAUCCCCACCUUUACUUUUAUCGUAAGUAUAACACAUAGAAUGGAUAACAUAUAGAUCAAUCUACAAUAUAACAUAAAAUUUUUGGCGAUCGGAGUAAAUGUCACGUGGUUAUAAUGCCACGCCCCUUUGAGGUCUGAGUCCAAAAUCUGCUGUUGCCAGCAUUUUUUCCUGAAAAUCUCUCGGCUAGACAUAGUGCGCAUUAGUGCCUUGCGCUGAACAGAGUCUCACCAAAAUCGCAAAGACCCAACUUGAGAAAUUCAGCUGUUUCAAAAUUUAGGUCAUAAUUUAUGCGAAAAUGAUAAGCAAACUUUACACGGAUUAUAUCUAAUAAACUAUGAGAUUCAUCUCUGUAUUUUGGGCAUCCUUAUAACAGAUGGGUCCUUGCAAGUCAGCAAAACGCUUUAGGGCCUUGUAAAUGCGCGCGAUUUUGAGCAAAGCAAACAUAUAGAAAUUAUAGUUUUCGCUAUUUGUUGACGUUUGUCGGCGUUUAAGAGUCAAUCUCACGAAAAAAGCAUUUUCUUAAAAAUUCGUAGUUUUUUUUCCUUCAAAUUUUUUCAGGGCCACAAUUGAUUAACUAACUACCCGGACUCUGAAUUUCAUGGUCAUUGAAAAACUGUGACAUUAUCUUCUAUAAGCUCAAACUUGAGUAAACGUUGAAGAUUUUUAGCGUUUUGGCUGAGUUUGUGCUUUGGGAGUUGUCUAUUGUUUCUAGUCUGUCAUUAUACAGCAUUCUUGUUCAGCACGCGUGCAAUGACCGCGCUUGGCUGACUUCCGAAGGCUCACCGAGAUAUUCCCGUCACGAGUUGGUUUAAUUAUUGGCUUGCAUUAAACCUAUGAAAAAAUGAUAUUAUUGUAAGCUGAGCUUGACAAUGCAAGGCAAGGCCCCUAUGUUUAUUCUAACCGCAGUGACCAGAAACCUGGCUAUCGCUAGGUUCCUGUUCGGAUAUUCUGGCCCGUUUUGAGGUAUGUUUUCAAAAAUUCGGCUCGAUAUAAUAAAGAGUUUUAUUUCAUCCCUUCCCAUAGCGGUCGCCUGUUUAAUUAAUUCUAAUUGUUAUUUUUGACUAGAAACGCUGCUGCUUACGCAAUAGUGAAAGAAAAAUUCAAAACUGAGAAAAGACAACCUAGUGGAAAAUAAACCAACCCUGUGACGUUUUCUCCUAGAACCCGGUAAAGAUACAGAUUCCACUGGGUCUGUUACAGAGGGGUGUUCAUAUUGUCCACCUUUCAACAACGGACACGUACCUCACAAGAGGCCACACAAAAUUUGUCAACGUUGUUCUUUUUUUUUAAUUUAGAGGAAACGUUCUUCUUAAUAUUAUCAUAAUACACUUUAAUAUAUACACACUCAGUUAUCUUAGUGAUCUAAACAAUCUGAUUGGCUCGCUAUCUCGGACUAUUCACCCCUAAGCGAGUGGAUAACGUGUGAGCUCGGUGUUUUUCCCCUUUUUCAGAGAACGAUCUUUUAAAAGUCGACAAAAUCCUAGGGGUAAGAAAAGACUUGAAAGGAUUUAAAACGGCGUUUUUCCAUUUACUGUGGUUGAGUUUUGUGCUCGAUGGAUUGUUUACAACUCCCAUUUAUUCGCGUAGAAGAAGGCAUUUAUCGAAGUUUAUUUAUGACAAACAAAUCUGAAAGCAAAUGUUUGCAAAGAUUCUACGUUUCAAGCAAAUAGGAAAAAGAAUGGUACAGGAAGACGACGUCUUACCUCCCCGAUCAACCGAGCUACCAUUUUUAUCGGCACUUCAUGCGAAGAAUGACACAACAAACCCUUUUGGCUAUAAACUUGGCGAGUCAACAGAAAACAACAAAGCUCUACUUUUCUUCUCGGGUAAGGAAACAAUUCAAACUUUUAACGGUUCCGUUUAACCCUGAUUAAGAUCAAAAUAAACUUAUUUGUAUUUUAUUUAUUUUUGUCCUUGUUCCCUUUUAUCAGCUAUCAAAAGAGUUUUGAAGGCCGCUCAUCAGUUACCUUCACACUCUUUUAAAGAAUUCUAAUCCAAUAAGACACCCUGUUGAAGUCGCUAAAUGGCGAAAUUGUUUUCCCUGUUAAGAACUCAAGACCCUGAAAACCAUGUUUUCAGCGGCUCACCCGUAUAGGCCCAAGAAAGUACUCCUCCCUGGAUGUUGGGCCCAGUUUUUUUAAGUUGAAUAGCGCUAUCCACGGAUAGAUUUCUCUUCGGUGGGUUGGUGUGUGGAAAAACAAACUGCGUUUAUGUGGUGGUCUGGAUAACACAUAUUUUGCUGAAUACUCAAACUAAUGACACAUUCUAAUGGUCAUUUCAGCGAUUUUGCUUUUAUCAAUUGCAUGAUCUGUUUAUGAUAUGUGCAUAAAACUUAUAUGUGUUGUUAAAACUGCUAACCCCGAUAAACCGGCAGCAAAUGAACAAUACCAGUUUCUGUAGCAAGAAAUGUGGUCUUUCGUGAGUAUAUUAUUUUGUGAACUGACGACUUUCGCAGUUGCCAUUUUCCUAAUAUUAAUUCCAUGAUGUGUCAUGAUAUACUUUUCAAAAGACCUUUGUUUGCAUAACAUAGGCGUACGGGCCGGGGGGGCGAGGGGGGCUGCAGCCCCCCCAAAGUUUGGGCAACUCAGAUUUUUUGGGCAGCAGGAGAAAAUUUGGGCAAAGCCAGUUUUUAAAGACGUUUCCAAUUAUUAUUAUUAUUAUUAUUAUUAUUAUUAUUUUGAAGAGAUAAAUAUUUUCUAUUUUAACCAGAAGUCGGCGCAAUAAUUCAGUUACGUUCACACGAGACAGUGGUUGCCUAGCAAUCAUACGCUGAUCUUUUGUUGUUGUUGUUGUUGAGCACUGUACUUCACUGUACUAGCUGGAGUGGGCUAUUUCCAGUCGUGAAUUGAUUAGAAUAAACUUCCGCAUAACUUUCUAGAAUCACCUCCGCUCCUAGAACAGUGUGUGGCAGAACACGCAUCAGCAAUGGGUCUGAAAGUGAAGUGGCUGACUAAAUCUCAGUUUGAAUUACGAGAAGAAUCAUAAUUUUUUUAAAAAAAUCUAUCGAGCGGUUUAAAAAUUAUUCACUAAUUUGUUUAAGUAGACCGAAAUGUUUACAAAACCCCCAACAAGAUCGAGCGCUAAUCAAAUCCUUCCUUAUAGAAAUUGGUAGGAGCUAUCUCCAUGAUCUUUCAUACAUGUUUUUAAAAAGAUUGAAACUACUAUGAGGUGAAAUUGCAUCUUAAAAGCGCUCCGUUUUCUUCAAAUUACGACUAAACAUCAAGAUUUUCCUUUUUUUACCUUAUUUCUCACAAUAAAAACUUCAUCCCAAAAUAUCUCGGUAACGCUCUUACAUUUCCGCUUUAACUUCACGAACAUCGAGGCGACUAUUGGAGGAAAGAGCUCGCCUGAACGAUUUUUAAGAACAGUUCCCACUGAGAAAUAUUGCUGCAAGUAUAAUAGGUAAUGGCGUCAUUUCGUUGCUAUGUCAGCUCCGAUGUCAUUGCAAUCCUGAUCAUGACAAAUUUCCCUCUUUAUCUAAUACAACUGUGGUGGCAAUUUUUUCCAAAUGCUUGUUUGUGGCGACGUAGUUUAUGCUCAAAUUUGGCAGGUAUUGACUCUGAAAAACUGUCUCGAGCCACUUUCAUAUGCCAGUACGGCCUACUUUGUUGCAUGGCUCUACUUUCCUUUCGACUGUUUUGUAAAAAUUUGGGCAACUUGCAAGAAUUUUUUGGGCAAAUGGACUACCGCCCCCCCUGGCAAAAAAUUGCGCGUACGCCUAUGUUUGUUUGUCAGUAUUAAAACCGCCAGCUCAGAGAAUAAUAUCCUUAAAAAAACGCAAAGAGCCAUGAACAAUACCAAUUUCCUUUUGUUCUUUAAAAUGUACAGCCAGCGAAUCCAACGUGCUCUCGCUCAUGCAGUAAGACUAAAGAAAUUCGACAAUUUGAGUUGUAUGUGUUGGGCCCAGAUCGAUCAUUCAGAGUGAAGAUGCGUGAGCUGAUCCAGAUUUUUCUCAUAGUUUGUCAUAAAUUUUCUUGUAACCUUUUUAGAAAUAUAUUUUUAUCAGCUAGAUUACAUAGUCAGUAAAACGCCAAUAAGGAACAUGAGGGGUGCUCAAAUUGUGUUCCUGUAAAAUAUCGGCACUCUUUCACCAUCACAUGUACAUGUAUCAAGUUUGAUUGACGCCCGAGAUUUUAAAAAAAUCCAUAAAAAGACUCGCUGCGAGUUGAAAGGUAACUUAAAACUUAAAACCUUCAUUUGGCUAUUGUCAACAAGUCAAGCUCGGUCGUUGUUUCAUAUUAGUGAAAGAAACAGCUCCACAAGAAGUGUUCAAAGAUGCUGCUAGCAACGUUUUUUAUCUUUUGUGCAUGUUGGCUUCACGUUCGAGCAGAAAUAGUGUCAACUAAGUAUGGAGAUAUCGAAGGACUCGUGACUUCGUAUCCAAAUGCCUCUGGUCCUUUCAAAUCCGUCAGCAAAUUUCUUGGCGUUCCUUUCUCCGCUCCACCAACUGGAGAGCUAAGGUUUAAAGCUCCACAACCGCCAAGAGAGUGGAAACCAAAGGUUUAUUCGGCUAAAACCCAUGGGAGCGUCUGCUUACAGCCCGCCAAACUUUUCGAAAACUCAAUCGAGCCUUUUACUUCAAAUUUCACUUUCAGCGAGGAUUGCUUAUAUCUUGAUAUCUACAGCCCAAAUAUCAGCCUCAGCUUGCCAGUGAUGGUUUACAUUCACGGUGGAUUUUACCUUCUAGGAUCAGCAAUCAUUUCUCCAAGCGAUAUCCUGGCUCUCCAGGGGGUGGUGGUGGUCAUUAUCCAGUAUCGUCUAGGUCCCUUUGGUUUCUUGACGACCGGUGAUUCGGCGGCACCUGGUAACUAUGGAAUGUUGGAUCAAGUGGAAGCACUGAAGUGGGUCAAAGAAAACAUUGAGAAUUUUGGCGGGAAUCCCAGCAAAGUGACCAUAUUUGGACAGAGCGCUGGCGGAUUCAGCGUAGGGCUCCAUCUUCUAUCGCCUCUAUCUCGUGAUCUCUUUCAUCAAGCCAUCCUAGAGAGCGGUGUAGAUUUAAGUCCCAUUGCGAUUCAGCCAACAUCUUUUGGUCUCCGUUUCACUAGAGAGCUUGCACAAAAACUGAAUUGUGGUUCCAGUGACCAUUCUGCAAUGGUUUCUUGUAUACGCAGCAAAACAGCGUCAGACAUGCAAAGAGCCGCACAGUCAAUCAAAUUUGGUUUCGUUGACUGGGCACCAGUCGUAGAUAAAAACUUUCUUCACAAUACACCUCAGGUUUUGAGGAAAAAAGGAGAAUUUAAGCAAGUGCCGCUUAUCAUCACCUUCACAAGUAACGAGGGGGCGACUUUUCUCGGAGACAUCGUCAACAAUUCUUAUGGGCUGAUGGAGAGCGUGGACAAUGGAGUCAGUUCGACUUUGUUCAAAUCAUUUCUUAUUAAGUUCGCACAAGUUCAAAACACCAGGUAAGAUCAGUGAAAAUUAAAUAUUUGCUCAGUAGUUUCAACGCAGCAGAACCCCGUUAACUCCAACUCGCCGCUAACUCUAAUUAAGUUCAAUUUCCCUUGGAUUUCACCUCGUCCCUCUCCUCUCAUUUUUACUCGGUUAACUCCAACUCGGAUAACUCGAAUUCCACUACCGGAAUAUACUCAGUCGUAGGUUAUUAUGUACCCUGUUUAGGACAGAACGGUCAAGAACCACACCCUGUCCAGCGGCACAACAUCCCCGUAUAGGUCAUAUAACCUAAGCAAGUAACCUCCCGGGGUCAUAACAUGCCACCAACCAUGUUGCAUUAACAUUUAUCAAGAGAGAGUAGUAACGACUGCUGUUUCUCUCUUUAGACCAUCCUCCGAUUAACUCAAACGUUUAUCGAUAUCAAAAUAACUUUGGUGAAAUUCACAUAUCCCAAGGGCUAGACAAGGUGUUUCCCUCUGUGUCUCAUUAUUCCCUUUUUGCAUUUAUUUAUUUAUUUGCUUGUGUUUUAUUUGCGUGCAGUGUUUUACUUUUCCCUUCAAAAUAAAACUAGUGAGGCAAGUUCCUCGGAUUGCUUUACUCUGGGCACGGUUCUGGUCUGUGGAAUAAUUGUUAAAUAUCCGUCACUUUUUUUUAGGAAGAAGAAUGCUGAUCUUCUUGCCGAUGCCUUGGAGUUCAUGUACACCCCCUGGCCUGACAACAGUAACACAUACGCAUUAAGAAGUGGACUUGUUGAUGUUAUCGGAGAUAAAAUUUUCGCUGCCCCCAGUCACAAAGUCGCUGAUGUUCACAGCCAGGUCGCUCCUGUUUACAUGUAUGAAUUUGCUCAUCGGGCAAAGUUAAGUUUGGCGGUACGUGCAGAGUGGAUGGGCGUUGUUCAUGACGAAAACAUUCCCUUUGAUUUUGGACUUCCUUUCCUUCCUAAAUUUUCGCCACAUUAUAGUCAGGCUGACAGAAAUGUCAGUCUGUUUAUCAUGACCAUGUACGCAAACUUUGCCCGGUCCGGCGAUCCUUCAGUCACCGGUGUCGCGUGGGAGAAAUACAACUCGAGUCACAGAGCUUACCUUAAAGUGGACACAAGUCCCAAACUGAAGACGUCAUUUAAUUCUCGCCGAAUGUCUUUUUGGAAUAAUUACUAUCCUAAAUUGGAGCAGGUGAAGUUCGAUGUCAAUAAAGAGGUGGUCAGCGGUGCAAAGGAUGUUGUUACCAUAGGAACUGCUCUUCAAGUUGUAUUUGCUUUAAUAGUAUACUUGAGUUAUUGAGACCUUGCUUUGUUUUUUACUCAUUCAUUCAAGUUUAUUAAUUAGAAGUGGAUAUAACUAGCAUUUUCUUUAACGUUUAUGAGCGGAAACUAGAGCAAGAUUUAUGUGGCGGAAUCAACUAAAAAAAGUCAGUAAAGAAAAAGGGCGAUUUCAGUUUUUGCUAAAAAGUUCAUAACUGUUACUGAAUGAGGUUGAGAAUGAUACGAGGAAUUAUUGAGAUAGAGGAUAUAAUAAUUAUACUGACUAGUGAAUUAACAGGGUACAGACUUAAAAUGUUUGUUGCUCCUGCAAUUAUAACCAUGCAUUCAUCGCUAGGAUGCCUAAAGUUCGUACAAUUCUACAAUUGUUUUGGGUUCCAUUAAAUCCUAAUUUUUGGUAGUAGUCUUCAUUGUAUUUGGUCGAGCAUUUAAUUACUAUUGCAAUUUUAGCUGCUCUGAAUAAAGUACUGAGUCGAACCUCCCUACAAAGGUGAUGGGUCUACGUAAGUGUCUAUAUAAGUGUCUAUAUAAGUAUUCUAAGUACAGUAGAACCCCGAUAAGUCGAACUCUGAAAGGAAACGAAAAACAGUUCGAAUUAGCGAGGAUUCGAGUUAUUGGGGUCGAUUGAAAAAUUCAAUAUGCCAUGUUAGAAAUUGAUGUUUACUGAUUUCUCAGUACUUCAUUGUAUGGUGCAGGACAAAUUUAAUUAUUUCAUCAGAAACGGUACGAUAACAUGAUUAGCAACUUUUAUAAUAAAACGUGAUCUGUUCGUUUCACCAGUUAAAAUCAAAUUGCCUUUAAGGUAUCAGCCACCCUUCAGGACCGUCCGCGCGCGGAUCGCUGUAGCGUUAGUUGUUUUUAUAAAAACCCCUAUAAACCAUAUAUUUUUUAAAAGCUUAAUAAUUCCAGAUUAUGGAUUUGAACUAACAAAAACGAUUUACUUAAAUGUGUUUCGAAAUUGGAACGUUUUGUGUAAAAGUACACUUCUCUAUAAAUCAUGUUCCACUCCCGCCGGAAAUAAACGGAAGAAAACAAUUAACACCGCAUUCGCUUCUCAACACGUUCCACUAAAAAACCGUGUCUCGGAUUUUUGACAAGUGCGUUUGUUUUUCUUUUAUUAGCAAAUGAAGUUGGGAAAGGCAAUUAGUCAACACUCCCCGUGGAAAAAAAGCUCUAGCUUUAAAAUGAAAAGGAGUAUUAAAAUUCGCAGACACGGUUUUGUAGAAGAGAUAUAUGGCAUCACUCUGGCCAAAUUUUAGCCAAAUUGACUGAAAGGCUGCCGACUUAGAGUUCAAAACGUACGAGUCGAUCGGCAAAAUUUGCGUUCGGAGAUAAAAUAGAAAAUACAUUUUUGGCGGCAUCCUACCUGGAAUGAGAUUAUAACACCUAAAUGUUUAUUCUGAUUGAUAUCAGAGUGGGAUCAAUUUUCUCUAACAAUAGGACUUUGACAGGUAACAUGUAACAGGAACAAACUUUCGCGGCAAGCAAGGGAACAGUUUAAUUCUCCGUUGGAAAACUUCCACUCUUUUACACCACGAGAAGCACGGUUUUUUUAAUUCUCUCUCAAGCAAAAGUUUUGCCUCUCCUUCGAUCUUUUUCGUAUGAUCCGCCCAGGCGUUUUUGUCGAUCGGCGCCAGGCCAAAAAACUUUGAAGCCGCCGAAUGUCCACCACCGAUUGCUCGAAGGCCAAGAACUGAGGCCCGGUUUAUUUCAAACGCUCUGCUCUUCUCGGAAGAACUAAAAACAGAAUUUGUCUUGUGCGACGGACGGCUUUCAUUCUCGCACUGGAUUCUCCAGGUAGAACCAAGUCCAUGCUUAGUCGCUACAUUUUCCAUGACUUGGACUCUUCCCUGGCAAAAUCGACAAGCUACAGACUCGUCCAGUUUCUCAAGCAGCUUUUCGCUCGAUACGAUAGCUCGACCGCUUAUUGUUUUCCACGUUCCAUCGGCAGAUGGGGUCGAGGAGCUUAAUUGGCUUUCUUCAUCUGGCUCUUCAAGCUGGAUUUUGGAGCGGCUUGCACUCUCAGCAACUGCAACAUUUUCGCUUUUCUGAAUAUCCAACUCCUCGAGCCACUUCUCUUGCUGAUAAAAUGAGCCUUUGUCGCUCUCUGCCAAUUUUGCGGCCCAUUCUUUGUCAAACUCACUCUUCGAUUUCUUUUUCGCUUUCGGUUUCGAUGACGAAAUUUUCUCUUUUUUUGGCGGCAAACGCUAAAUAUCCACGGAGAAUACUAAAGGCUAUAAACAUCGCGAAGACAAUUCGCACGUGUUGUGUCGAAGCACGCACUCGGUAUCACGUUACUAGUUCACGGGCAAGUUAAUUGAUAUAUGACACGGGUAUGACAGAUCUUGUCAACGAUCAAUUAAGAUAAUUAACGAGAAAAAAUCUUUUACCCCCGAUAUCUUUCGACAGAAAUAAUAUUUUCUUCUAAUUUUUUUUUUAAAAGAAAGCUCUCAAGCAUAUCUAUUUGAAAACGUUGAAACCUCAAAUACGAAAAAAUGGCAAUUUUAAGGGUGGCUGAUACCUUAAUCGUGACCAGUGUUAAUCAUGGUGUUUUCAGGCCCUUUACAACAAGAAGAGCUAAUGGGGUGGUAUCCGAGUGUAGUUAAAAGAACCAGAAUUCGAGUUAUCGGGAAAAUUUCAGUAACUUUUUGAUCGGCUUAGCUGGGAGUUCGAGUUAUCGGGGUUCUACUGUAUUCGCUUUGAGUACCAAUCCUGUAACCGUAGGUCCGAGUAAACUUAUGUCAUCGUGGGGAUGUGCCGCAGGGACUCUGGAACCCUUAGCCUAUACCAGAGCUAGUUCAGCUGAAUUUUGCUGCCCUAUACUAGACUAAACUCCCUACAUCCCUCCUACCGUAGAGUACCUUUUAGGCUGAGUUGCGUAAAUUUAAACUUGCCGAUUUGAUUUUUUUUAUUUUUGGAAGGCAAUUCCCGAUUUUCCUAGUCUAGACUAAAAUCUUCAACCAACUGAUCUGUUUCAUGGAAAAUGAUACCCUAUUCUAGACGCACAUACCUAUGUAGCCCAUAUGUGGCAGUACCCAACCCCCGGGGUUCCAAAACAGCCUUGGUCGAACCCCCGGGGGGGGCACUUGGGUAUUUUUUGGGUGGGUAUGUGCCGCCCAGGACUCCAAAUUGGCACCCCGUUCUACAAAAAAAUUCCCCUCAAAUAUAUACCCCGUUCUAGAAAUGGGCCAAUUUUUUUAUACCCCGUUCUAGAAUUCGCCCUAAAACUGAUACCCCGUUCUAGAAAUGGGCUAUUUUUUUAUACUCCGUUCUAGGGUGCAACAAGAGUAUAACAGUUUGCUUGUUAACGCAUUGAACCGUAUUUUUAAAAGCAAUCUGUCCUUGAAAUGAAUUUCAAAUGGCUACUUACAAAACUGAAGCUUUCGUGCGUUCGAAAUAUUAUACCCCGUUCUAGAAAACGCCUCUGAAAUGAAUACCCCGUUCUAAACCAGGAGCUUCAAAAUCCCGACCCCGUUGGGCGGCACAUACCCGUAUAGGUAAUGUAUGGGAGUACCCCCCCCCCCGGGGUCGAACCCACUUCAAUUUAACCUUAAAUUAGCUUGACGCUUGUGCGACGUUUUAAUCUUGUCUUUGCUUGCCAAGUAAAUUUUAAUUAAAAUGUGUUUCAUUGGGAUCUAUUAUUAUUAUUCGCUAUGAGGUACCACGAGCCCUAAACUUAUGUCAUUUAGAGACUUCACGGAUUGAUGCGAUCUCAGAAAUCCAGGUUUUGUUGAUGGCUGCCAUCAUAUGUUAUAUCUCACUGGCUGUCAAGAAUAAUGGACCUUCUGGUCAAGCACGUUUAGAUUAAGUUCGACGUUUGAAUGAACUAUUGAGCCAAAGUACAGCAUAUAAAUGCUGUUAACUCGAUACUUCAGAAGCACGACUUCUGGAAAAAAAAAAGGCUAGCGUAAAAAUGAUGGCGAUGAUGUGGUUCAGUGAUUUUGCUGAUUGCAUGAUCUGUCUUGAUAUACUGUAGUCAUAUGAGUUUUAUUUCUAAUUAAUCUGCCCACUUAAUGAAUUGUAUCAUUUAGACCCAUGUCAGCCUGCUAUUGUUCUCUAAAUUGCGCAGUCAUCGAAUCCGACGCGCGCUCGAUCGGCGAUCACGCAGUAAACUAAUUAAAGUAAUUCAAAAACUGUCGAAAGGCCAGUUACUUUGCACGUUUUAUACACAAGAGUCAAAUCAAACGCGCCGGCCGGGGAGAGAUCCAGGGGGGUACUCCCAUACAUUACCUAUACGGGUAUGUGCCGCCCAACGGGGUCGUGAUUUUGAAGCUCCUGGUUUAGAACGGGGUAUUCAUUUCAGAGGCGUUUUCUAGAACGGGGUAUAAUAUUUCGAACGCACGAAAGCUUCAGUUUUGUAAGCAGCCAUUUGAAAUUCAUUUCAAGGACAGAUUGCUUUUAAAAAUACGGUUCAAUGCGUUAACAAGCAAACUGUUAUACUCUUGUUGCACCCUAGAACGGAGUAUAAAAAAAUAGCCCAUUUCUAGAACGGGGUAUCCGUUUUAGGGCGAAUUCUAGAACGGGGUAUAAAAAAAUUGGCCCAUUUCUAGAACAGGGUAUAUAUUUGAGGGGAAUUUUUUUGUAGAACGGGGUGCCAAUUUGGAGUCCUGGGCGGCACAUACCCACCCAAAAAAUACCCAAGUGCCCCCCCCGGGGGAGAGAUUCCUAUUAACAACCGUCUUUAAGGGGCCCGGUGUCACAGCUGUAAGUUCAUUUUGUUUAUAAUGUCAGUUAUGAGCCCUUUUUCGCUAUAGAACUUGGUAAUUUCUACCAAAGCAAUCAAUUCCACUCUUACAAUACAAGAAAUUCCCAGGCCUACAGUCUACCGUAUUGUCGAACAAACACUAAGAAGUUCUCGCCUUUUUCAAGGACCCGCUAAGUUUAAUAAUUCACUUGACAACGAGGUCAUCAACUUUCAAUCCCUUUCCUCCUUUAAGAAAAUACUGAAGAUUAAAUUAUAAUUAUAAAUAUGAAAGCAGUUCAUAAAUCUUUCCAUCUUCAACUUUUCGCAAUCUUUUCUUCAAUUGAUGAAAACAGCUCUAGCCUGUAAUUCGAGGAGGCCUAACCUCUCACAAGCUUCUAUGGUUUCCGUUAUGUCUCUUAGCCACUUCUUUUUCCUGCUUAUCCUAUAUUAUUUGUAAUUCAUUUCCUAUUGUUGCGUGGCGAAUAAUAAUAAAAAAAUUCCUUGUGAAUGACAAAAUUACAGCUUCGUAUCAAACAAACAUUAUACCAAACGUUGCAAACGAGAAAACUGAACUUUGAAAAACGUUUAGGCUAACAAGUUUUUAAAAACCACAAUUGCAAGUGUUUCAGUCUUCUUCAUGUUUGUUUUCAAGUUUUGAGAAGUUAUUUUUAUGUUUGGUGACGCAUCCCACUGUUUGAAUUUUGAUACAUUUUGUGAAACAGCUCCUUUAAAAUCUUCACAAGAGAUCAGUCAACCCCUUCGCAGAAAAAAAACCAUUUUGAAAGGCAUUUUUUGAUAAAUCAUUCGAAAGAAUUACCAGUUAGUAACUUAUCUGCUUUUUGCAUGCUCGGAUUCAUGUUAUAGGCAUCUAUUUAUAGACUUUUUACAACUUCUCAAUACUCCCUCUAUUGAGGUACACUUCACUCAGGAAGGAGUCGUCCCCACAAAAUACUUGCUUGAGUGUAAGAGAGGUGUUUAAACCCAAACGUGUUUUUGAUCUUUGCGUUUUGGGUGGUCGCUUAAGGGAGAUUCGACUGAACACUCGACUGUAUCAUUCACUCUGGGGAGGGUUAGAUUCACUCCUUCGCGAUUGCUCUUAAAAUAAUCAAUUAUACUCUAAUCACGCUGAAACGAUCAUAAAAUAUUUUAUAACAAAUCGAAAUAAUCCCAAUCAUAGAGUUAGGAGCGCGCAUCUCGUUUAUUGAUGCGCAAUACUGUGAAGAGAGUGUUAUAGUGUUACAGGCACAUUGUUACAGUAUUAUAUUAGACUCAGGGGAAAUUACAAUAGGAAGUAAAAAAAGAAAAAAAAAAACGUGGACAAUGGAGUGAAUCCGACUUUAUUCAAAGCAUCACUAUCCAAAUUUGCUCGUGCUCGAACCAGUAGGUAAGUUGUAUAGAGGCCUUCCCGUAACAAACUUGGAGAUCUACCUAAUCCCCCGACUUCUUCAAUCACAAGGACGAAGAGUACCCUGGUCCCAGAGGUUUCUCUUGAUUUUUCUUCGCGUAAGGGAGAAAGAGUCGCGAAGCGGCGAAGAAUAGUCAGAAAAAAACGAAAGUCAGAAAGAAACGGAGUAGCCGAAAAGAUAUGAGUUUGAGAAUGCCAUAGAGUUUGUUAUUAGUUAGUUUGGUAGUCCUGCUGCUAGGUUGUGUUGUUGAGUUGUUUCGUGUAGUCGUGACUACAGAGUAUAGUUUGCUCGCAUUUCGCCGUUACCCGGUAAUUCUAGGAUCUCGCUUUUUCGUCUAAAAAGUCUUCAAUCCACCUUCUUUGAUUGAGAGGGAAGCAAAAUAAUAAUAAUAAUAAUAAUAAUAAUAAUAAUAAUAACAGUAAUAAUAAUUAUUAUUUAUUAUAAUUAUAAUGGUUUAUCAUUAUUAUGUUUAUUCACAGUAUAGAGCGGUUUUCACUUGACUGUCGUAAAACCAAAACCAAAGUAAAUACACUAGCCAACCAAAGGGCGUAGUAAAACCAAAACCAAAACCAAUCCCUUUCGACAGUCAAGUGGCCGCUCUAUAAAUGAACUACAUAAAGGAAACAGUUUUUGGAAAGGUAUAAGAUCUGGCAGUCUUGCAUUUGUUGCGUUUUUUGCAUUGGGAAGCUACUGUUUGAUGGUCACUUGAGCAAAUCACCACAGUGAGCUCCGUAUGCGGCAAUUUUAAACUGUUCAUUGUAAAAUAAUGCUUCCUGUAAAACGGUGAGAAGGCUGAUUGGCUGUCCUCAGUCCGUCAGAAAGAUACUCCUCAUGUCGAUUUUACAGAUGGUGUAAUUCUUGCUGCCUAUCGUUGCAUCGAAGAAGAUAAUUUUGACGGUAAACUUGCCACUCGAUGAUUCCUCCACGGUUUCGUUGCGAAUUCUAUUGACGGCAUUUUGCUGAAACAUCAGCAGUCGGUCUUCGUCGGCUUUGUUUGCAGUGUAAUUGUCCUAUUUUGUUGCUGUCUCUUUACAUCCUCUGUCUUUAGCUGACAGCGUUUGCCUACGCUGUGCCGUUGCUCGCCCUGAAUUUAAAGUCGACUUUCUCGGCCUUGCAUGCGGAGUUUUGUUUGUAAAUCUUUCCCAGCGAGGACUGGCACUUGUUGAAUCCACUGUUGUUGAGUUUGCUGUUCUCUUUUAUUUGCCUGGGAUAUUGGGUGGUGAUUCACCGACCGUAAACAUUGCUAUAAUUCACAAAUGAAAAAACCCUCUUCAUGGUCUGGAAUCGAGUAUGGUUUUUGAGGGAACUACGGGAUUGUAUGAACGUCUUUAUAGUUUCAAUUCCAGAUGAGUGCUAAGAAAGAAAGAAAAAUAUGGGAAUUCGAAGAAAUGGAUUUGAAGAAUUUUCAGUUUGUUUUUGCGCUCUAAUCUAAGUAAUGAUGACAAAAGGCCAGGUCUGAAAACGGGUGUGGAACUACAUUUUUGGGUCUGAAAUAGGGUCAGGAUUUGGAGAACCGGGGGGCACACCCUCACCAAGAAUUCACAGGAGUACCCCCCUGGGAUGUGUUGCUAAAACUGCAUGCCGACAGAAUAAACCGGCAGCAAAUGAACAAUACCUGUUUCUGUCGCAAGAAAUGUGACCUUCCGUGAGAGAAAAAAAAUAUUGUUUUGUGAUCUGACUUUCGCAGUUGCCAUUCGAUAUGUUCUUUGAUACACUCUUUUUUUUCUAUAAGAAUACAUUUUAUAAGAAUAUCGAGGCUGAAAUUUGCGAAAUUUUAAGAAUAUUUUAAGAAUAAACCCCAGGCUGAGGUUUUGAAAAGGAUGUAAUUUUGUGUGUUCAAAAACUGUAAAUACCACACAAUUAUGUUUUCAACUCAUUCCAUCCUCUGAACGGCAAAACUUGCCAACAAGGCGCAAAAACCUGCACUAACUAUACUUGAUAUCCCAAUAUAUUCUAAAACGGAAAUGUCAUAAGCUAUAAUUUAAGAAUAAUACAAGAAUAUUUUCAGCCUAAAAUCGGCAGAAAAAUAAGAAUAUUCAGCCUGGGCCGGAAAAACAACAUUCUUAUAUAAAAAAAAGAGUGUAGGUCCUGAAUACGUUAAGCCUUGGAUAUUGUCUCUAACAACAAAUUAAGCUAGUGAAAGAAAGCUUGCACAUACUAUAUGAUUUCAAGUAUUAAACGUAGGUAUAAAUUCCUUAAUUCAUUAAGAUUGAAGAGUGUGAUAGAAAGACGUGACUUGCUUAACAUUUGCUCCCCAUUUAUGGUCCUGACUACGGUUGGUAAAAAGGUCAGGGGCACCCAACGAGAAUAUAGUUCAAAACCACUUAAACAUGGUAUUGUUAAACUUAUUUUAGUAUUUGAACGGUAGAUAUAGGCAUACUUUUAUCCCCUAAAAGUUUUUCAUCUGUUUGGAUUUCCUAGCUGAAAGUCUAGUGAUCCGAAAAUUAUAGGUAUCAAAACUUACCUUUUCGAAAACUUGAGCCACGAAAAAGGCUCCCGAAAAUUCUAGGUGACCUUCUUAGGGUAAAAAUCCGUUAUACCAUUUUUUAGAUGUUCGAAAAUCCUAGGAGAGACAGGCGAGCAAGAAAUUUUACAGCAAAUUUCCCUGAGAAUUCUAGAUCUCAAAUCGUACUUCCGAACAGAUAUUUUCCGAAAAUUGACGUUGGGUGCCCCUGAAAGGUGGAUAGUGCCAUCCACCGAGAAGAUUGCUAUCUUAUGGAAGUAUGAGGGUUGAUUACCGGUGUCGCGUAAUUUUUGCGUGCUUAGGUGCGUAAAAUUUGCGUUCGCAAAUGAAAUGGAGGCAAUACAUGAAAGGUCGCUCGUAAGCGUAAAAGUUGAACCUCGCUCAACUUCUCGUUUAAACUCAGCACUUUUUAUCUUCCCUCAAUUUUAUUUACGUGAUUAAAAUUUACGUGCGUUAAUCUGCGUAGCUAAUGAAAACGUCCGUGGUAAUCAACCUUAAGGGAAAACAAUUCUUUUAUCCAUGCCACUAUAUGGGUCCUUAAAAAGUUUUGCUGAGUAUACACGUUUUUAAGGACCCUAAAGACCCAUUUCCGUCUCUUAAGUCGAUGUGUGGGACGAUAUUAGGUUUUAGUUUCAUGUCAUUUUGCUUUUAUUAAUUGCAUGAUGUGUCAUGAUAUAGUUUUCAAAAAACCUUUGUUUGUCAGUAUUAAAACCGCCAGCUCAGCGAAUAAUAUCCUUAUAAAAACGCAGAGAGCCAUGAACAAUACAAGUUUUCUUUUGUUUUUUAAAAUGCACAAUUAGCGAAUCUAAGGUGCUGCGGCUGCAUCACGCAAUAAGACUAAAGAAAUUCGACAACUUGACCGGGCAACUUGAGUUGCAUGUGUUGGGCCCAGAUCGAUCAUUCAGGAUGAAGAUAAGUGAAAUCCAGAUUUUUCUCAUAGUUUGUAAUAAAUUGUUUUGUAACCUUUAUAGAAAUAUAUUUUUAUCAACCAGAUUACAUAAUCAAUAAAACGCCAAUUAGCACAAUGGGGGGUGCUCAAAUUGUGUUCAUGUAAAAUAUCGGCACUCUUUCACCAUCACAUGUACAUGUAUCAAGUUUGAUUGACGUCCAGGAUUUUAAAAAAAUUGCAUAAAAGGACUCGCUACGAGUUGAAAGGUAACUUAAAACUUAAAACCUUCAUUUGGCUAGUGUCAACAAGUCAAGCUCGGUCGUUGUUUCAUAUUAGUGAAAGAAACAGCUCCACAAGAAGAAUUGUUCAAAGAUGCUGCUAGCAACGUUUUUUAUCUUUUGUGCAUGUUGGCUUCAUCUUCGCGCAGAAGUAGUGUCAACUAGAUAUGGAGAUAUCGAAGGAUUCGUGACUUUAUAUCCGAAUGCCUCUGGUCGUUUCAAAUCCGUCAGCAAAUUUCUUGGCGUUCCUUUCUCCGCUCCACCAACUGGAGAGCUAAGGUUUAAAGCCCCACAACCGCCAAAAGAGUGGAAACCAAAGGUUUAUUCGGCUAAAACCCAUGGGAGCGUCUGCUUACAGCCCAAACUUUUCGAAAACCUAAUCGAGCCUUUUAGUUCAAAUUUCACUUACAGCGAGGAUUGCUUAUAUCUUGAUAUCUACAGCCCGAACAUCAGCCUCAGUUUGCCAGUGAUGGUUUACAUUCACGGUGGAGGUUACCUUAUAGGAACAGCGAUCACUUUUCCUAGCGAUAUCUUGGCUCUCCAGGGGGUGGUGGUAGUCAUAAUCCAGUAUCGUCUAGGUCCCUUUGGUUUCUUGACGACCGGUGACUCAGCGGCGCCCGGUAACUAUGGAAUGUUGGAUCAAGUUGAAGCACUGAAGUGGAUCAAAGAAAACAUUCAGAAUUUUGGCGGGAAUCCUAGCAAAGUGACCAUAUUUGGAGAGAGCGCUGGAGGAACAAGCGUGGGGCUCCAUCUUCUAUCGCCUCUAUCUCGUGAUCUCUUUCAUCAAGCUAUUCCAGAGAGCGGUGUAGAUUUAAGUCCCAUUGCGAUUCAGCCAACAUCUUUUGGUCUCCGUUUCACUAAAGAGCUUGCACAAAAACUGAAUUGUGGAUCCAGUGACAAUUCUGCAAUGGUUUCUUGUAUGCGCAGCAAAACAGCGUCAGACAUGCAAAAAGCCGCAGAGUCAUUCAAAUUUGGUUUCGUUAAUAUUUACUGGGCACCAGUCGUAGAUAAAAACUUUCUUCAUGAUACACCCCAGGUUUUGAGGAAAAAAGGAGAAUUUAAGCAAGUGCCGCUUGUCAUCACCUUCACAAGUAACGAGGGGGCGACUUUUCUCGGAGACAUGGUCAACAAUUCCUUAGGGCUGAUGGAGAGCGUGGACAAUGGAGUCAGUCCGACCUUGUUCAAAUCAUUUCUUAUUAAGUUCGCGCAAGUUCAAAACAGUAGGUAAGAUCAGUGAAAAUUAAAUAUUUGCUCAGUAGUCUCAAUGCAGCAGAACACCGUUAACUCCAACUCCCCGCUAACUUUAACUAAGUUCAAUUUCCCUUUGAUUUCACCUCCCUUUCCUGUCAUUUUUGCUCGGUUAACUCCAACUCGGAUAACUCAAAUUACCCUCUAACUCGAACUAAAACACCUUUUCGCCUACCCUGAUCAAACAAGUCUCUGAAAUGGAUCCCGAUAACUGGAAUUCCGGUUCUUUUAACUACUAAACUAAUCUAUAAACUAACUAAUCUGAGUAACUCUUCUUGUUGUAUGAGAGCCUGAAAACACUAAAACUGACAUUGGUCACUGUUUAAGGCAAUUUCAUUUUAAUUGGUGAAACGAACAGAUCACGUUUUAUCAUAAAAGUGCCUAAUCAUGUUACAGUGUCUGAUGAAAUAAGUAAACUUGUACUGCACCAUACACUGAAUUGAAUUUUUCAAUCGACUUCGGUUGGGAGGUUGAUUAAAGGAUAAAGUUGUAAUAUGGUUAUGUAGUCUCAUUGUUCCCGGGUGUUCUUGUAUAUAUUUUCGCUCCAAAAAUUACACUACGCUGUACACUGAUCCGCUACAACGUAACCACUACCGAAAUAUACUCAGUCGUAGGUUAUUAUGUACCCUGUUUAGGACAGAAAGGUCAAGAACCACACCCUGUCCAGCGGCACAUUCCCUUAUAGGUCAUAUAACCUAAGCAAGUAACCUCCCGUGAUAACAGGCCACCAACCAUGUUGCAUUAACAUUUAUCAAGAGAGAGUAACAGUAGCCUCCCCGCAGACGUCCUUUGGUAAUAGCGACUUCUGUUCCUCUCUGGAGACCAUCCUCCGAUUAACUCAAGCGUUUAUCGGUCUCAAAAUAACUUUGGUGAAAUUCACAUAUCCCAAGGGCUAGACAGGGUGUUUCCCUCGGUGUCUCAUUAUUCCCUUUUUGCAUUUAUUUAUUUAUUUGCUUGUGUUUUAUUUGCACGCAUUGUUUUACUUUUCCCUUCAAAAUAAAACUAGUGAGGCAAGUGCCUCGGAUUUCUUCACACUGGGCACGGCUCUGGUCUGUUGAAUAAUUGUUAAAUAUCUGUCACUUUGUUUUAGGAAGAAGAAUGCUGAUCUUCUCGCCGAUGCCUUAGAGUUCAUGUACACCCCUUGGCCUGACAACAGUAAUAAAUACGCAUUAAGAAGUGGACUUGUUGAUCUUCUUGGUGAUAACAUUUUCGUUGCCCCUAGUCACAAGGUCGCUGAUGUUCAAAGCCAGGUCGCUCCUGUUUACAUGUAUGAAUUUGCUCAUCGGGCAAAUUCAAGUUUGGAGGUACGUGCAGAGUGGAUGGGCGUUGUUCAUGGCGAAAACAUUCCCUUUGAUUUCGGAGUUCCUUUCCUUCCCAAAUUUUCGCCACAUUAUAGUCAGGCUGACAGAAAUGUCAGUCUGUUUAUCAUGAGCAUGUACGCAAACUUUGCCCGGUCCGGCGAUCCUUCAGUCAGCGGUGUCGCGUGGGAGAAAUACAACUCGAGUCACAGAGCUUACCUUAAAGUGGACACAAGUCCCAAACUGAAGACGUCAUUUAAUUCUCGCCGAAUGUCUUUUUGGAAUAAUUACUAUCCUAAAUUGGAGCAGGUGAAGUUCGAUGUCAAUAAAGAGGUGGUCAGCGGUGCGAAGGAUGUUGUUACCAUGGGAACUGCUCUUCGAGUUGUGUUUGCUUUAAUAGUAUACUUGAUUUACUAA